GGUGGCUGGACGCGCAGCGGCCCAAGAUGGACGCGCCGGCGCUGCUCGCCGCUGCGGCCCCGGCCCCACGCGGACCCCAGCUCGGCGGCGGCCCCGGCCGGACCCGCAGAACCCCGGGCUCAGCGCACCGCCGGCUGCUGCUGCUGCGGGACCCAGAGGACGGCGCGCAGGGGCCGCGGCGCGGGGAGGCCCGGCCGGCGGGCCCCGGCGGCGGCGACUCCUUCGUGGUGCUCCUGGAAGUGGCGCGCGGCGCGGCCGAAGCCCCGGGGCGGCGGGAGACCGAGCCCCAGCCCGGCGCCGCCGCGAGCCCGGCCGGCCGCCCUGCGCAGGUCCCCGGCGCCGCGCCUCUCGUGGGCCCCCGGGCCGCCGGCGGCCAGGACCUGCUGGUGCACCUGGAGCGUGGCGUCCUCGCGCUGGCCGCGCCGUCCCGGCGUCCGCCGCCCGGCCAGGAGGCCGCCAGCCCGGCAGGGGCCCGCCGCGCGUCCGCCGGCCCCGGCUACCGCUGCCCCGAGCCGCAGUGCGCGCUCGCUUUCGCCAAGAAGCACCAGCUCCAGGUGCACCUGCUGACGCACGGCGGCGGCCAGGGCCGGCGGCCCUUCAAGUGCCCGCUGGACGGCUGCGGCUGGGCCUUCACCACGUCGUACAAGCUCAAGCGGCACUUGCAGUCGCACGACAAGCUGCGGCCUUUCGGCUGCCCGGUGGGCGGCUGCGGCAAGAAGUUCACCACCGUGUACAACCUCAGGGCGCACAUGAAGGGCCACGAGCAGGAGAGCCUGUUUAAGUGCGAGGUCUGCGCCGAGCGCUUCCCCACGCACGCCAAGCUCAGCUCGCACCAGCGCAGCCACUUCGAGCCCGAGCGGCCCUACAAGUGCGACUUUCCCGGCUGUGAGAAGACGUUCAUCACGGUGAGCGCUCUGUUCUCCCAUAACCGGGCCCACUUCAGGGAACAGGAACUCUUUUCUUGCUCCUUCCCUGGAUGCAGCAAACAGUAUGACAAAGCCUGUCGUCUGAAGAUCCACCUGAGAAGCCACACAGGCGAAAGACCUUUCAUCUGUGACUCUGACAGCUGUGGCUGGACCUUCACCAGCAUGUCUAAGCUCCUGAGGCACAAAAGGAAGCACGAUGAGGACCGCCGCUUCCCCUGCCCCGUCGAGGGCUGCGGGAAGUCGUUCACCAGGGCCGAGCACCUCAAGGGCCACAGCGUCACCCACCUGGGCACCAAGCCCUUCGCGUGUCCCGUGGAAGGGUGCUGUGCCAGGUUCUCCGCGCGGAGCAGCCUCUACAUUCACUCCAAGAAGCACCUGCAGGACGUGGCCGCUACGAAGAGCAGGUGCCCGGUGUCCAGCUGCCACAGGCUCUUUGCUUCCAAGCACAGCGUGAAGGCCCACGUGAUCAGGCAGCACCACCGGCACCCAGACCUCUUCCCUCCGCUGGGAGCUCCAAGCGCGCUCGCGCCCAGCAGUGACCUCAGCAGCCCCGGCCAGAGUGAGUUCAGCAGCGUGGACCUGGCGGUCCUCUUCUCCGACACGCCUGGCGACAGCGGUGGUGCCCCCAGGACCUCCGACGAGGCGCUCCGCACUGGGAUCCUGACUGUCGACGUGACUUCUGUGAGCGCCUCUCUCGGGGGGGGCCUCCCUGCCAGUCAGGCUGCCUCAGGGCCCAUGGGCCCCCUGGUCUUGGUGGCCCACAGUGACGUCCCACUGGGCCCGGACAGGCCCCUCGUCCUCGGGACGGCAGCCACGGUUCUCCAGCAGGGCAGCCUCGCUGCAGGUGACGUGCAGGCCGUGGACCCAGGGGCGCUGGGCUGUCUGGUGGCUCUGCCCAUGAAGAGCUUGAGUCGGGACCCCCAGGCUUUGACCUCUGCGAGCGGCCCCCAGGGAGACAGCAGUGCCCCGGAGCUGCUGGUUCCCAUCAAAGUGGAACCAGACUCGGCCCCCGACCCCGACGCCGUCAGACAGCAGGCGUGGAGCGGAGGGGCGCCGCAGCCUGUGGAGUCCAGCCCUGCAGAGGAGCUCGGACCUCGGAAAGACGCGGGACUUGGUGCGGGGACCGGCGGCUUCUACUUGCUGUGUGACGUGGGCCAGCCUGGCGUCUGUGAGCCCAGAAGGCGCGUGGCGAAGGGGCCGCAGGAAGGCGGGGGCUCAGCAAGAACUGAUUCCCGAGCCAUUCAACUAGCCAAGGAAAAAAAGCAGAGAGGAGCUGGGAGCCACACAGGAGCCGCGGGGCCCGCACUGAGCACAGGAGAAGGUGACGUCCCUGCCGGCCCGGGAGCCUGGCUGUGGGGCAGCCUCGCAGUGCCCGGUGUGGCUCUGCCGUGCGUCCAGGUCCAGCUGCUGCAGGAUGACCCCUCAGGGCACGUGGUCUUCCCGUUGGCGCCCGGCCCGCAGCCUCCUGUCUCCCAACCCCUGCUUGCUGUCAUGCCCGUCUACGUCCUCCAGGUCUGGAUGCCUCUCUGCUCUUUGGGUUUGUUGAGACUCGUGAAGCUUCCGGCUUCCAGAGGUGUCUCCCUGAGGUGGCCUUGCAUGGGACUCGCUGGGUGGGUUGCCAGUGUGUUUUUCCACUUUGUGGAAGAGGUGGCUAAGGGAUCGAGACAUAAAAGGUGGAGCGUACAGCUGGGAUUCACUCGUCACGGUAGAUGGGGUGGAAUUUAAUAUGGUCUUCAAGGGUCAUACGUUUAGAAUUGUGGAAGUUGGGCGGGCCAGAUUUUAGCCUGUGGGGAAAUAGGCUAAGCUGAGUAUGAGUGGCAGUAGAUAAUUGAGAUUUGGGUAUAAAAUAAUGAUGUAGCUUAUCCAAUUUCAAACGUGUAUGUAAGAAACAAACAGUAAUUUUGGUUUUCUUAUAUUCGAAUUGGGCUGUUCGACAUUUUCCGUAACGUUAGAAGUGAAUGUUGAACGGAGCGCGGGGUGGGGGUGAACUGGAGGGCGUGCGGUCACAGCGUCUGGACGGCCUCACGGCCGUCCCCUCCAUCCGUCGGGCGUUCCUCAUCUCAGGGUCGUGUACAAGUGAGCAGGGGGUCGCUGUUCCCUGGUGGCAGGCUGGGUGGUGGUGGUGCGGCCACGUGGCUGGAGCCUGUCUGCACUGAUGCCGUGGACAGCAGCUUGUGACCGUGACUGGGAGUGGGGGGCGCUCCCAGAGCGAGUGGGGAGGGUCAAAGGUCAGGAAGGACAGUCUCAUCUCUGAGGAAACGCAGAGCAGAGGACUGAGUUCACCUUUGCUUAGUGCUUAGUUUUGUUGAUACUAAAAUGUUUUCCUUCAAGGAAUAUAUGCUUAAAUAAAAUAGGGGGAAAACGAGCGUUUUCAACUAAGGGAGGCCAGGGGCGCGUGUGGGCCUGCGCUGUGCUGCGGUUGCCGAGCUCACCACUGUGCUUGGUUUCGCAGGAGGUGCUCCCUGCAGCUGGAGGGGCCACUGGGCCCGAGGACAUGUGGAGCUCGGGCAGCACGGUCGGCCUGUGGGCCCUGCAGUGAAACCAGCUCUGCCUGGGCCGAGGGCGCCACUUGGAAGGCUGGCCUCGUUCUUCAGAGACUUUGGGUACAUUUUCGCAAGUGUUUUUCUUACGUUUAUCAGGGAGCUGUUUGGGGCCGUACCAUCCUCUCAGGGCAGAGCGUGCCUUUUCCCCGCUCGGCUGUGCACGCAGCCUGCAUCCGCCUGGGCUUGCUGCGUGCCUAGGGAAGAGGACGGAGCCUCCGCGGUGGCCUCUGACGGGCUUCAGCACUGGGCGCGGCAUCUUGGCUGAGAGCGAACAGGCUGUCCCCGCCCUCGGUGGGGGUCGCGGUUGAGCUGGGGUGGCACCGGGUCUAGUGGCCCAGGUGGCCUGGUGUCAGGGGAACGUGACGGGUGACGAGGCCCCCGGGCCCUGUCGCAGCCCCUGCACAGACCAAAUAUGGAGUUAAACCUUUAAAGUGAUGAAUUUGAGUUCUGUAUUUGGGUAGUAACAUCUAAUGGCAAUUGGACAGCGGUUUGUACAGCCACGUUUUGAGCACGGAGGUGUGUGCAUUGUUGAGGGUGACCGUGUGUUUUCACGGAGCGAGGUCUGUCCUGCAGAAGGAGACAAGUCAGUGGGCCGGACACGGGCUCUCAGAAACGGUGUUUUGCCUUGUGCCUUUCGAAGUGUUUUUGUUCAGAUGCUGUUUUGAUUCUCAGGCUUGGGAAUCAUCCCAACUCUGCCCAUUCUGUUUGUCUCUCUUGAGUUUUUGGGCUUCUGGUUCUGAUUUCUACCGUGACUCCUCUGUGUCCUGCAUGGGGGAGGGGGUGUUUCCAUCUCUAGAUGGUGCUCCCCGAAGCCCCGGGUCGUCCAGUGGCCCCUCCACGAGGAGCCAGGCCCGGCGGCCUCCUGUCCUGCGGGAGGGGAGUCCGGGCCGUGCGGCUGGACCUCUGUCCCGCACACCCCCAGUGGGUGUCCCCCUGAGGUGCUCAGGACUUCCGUUUCCUGGGCACUGAGGUCCCUGCUGGCAUUGGGCCCAACUCCUCAUGUGAGUGAAUGAAUUAAAAGUUUUUGUACAGCU